GCCUUAGCGACGCUGGCCGCUGGCGACAGUUUCGCGUCCAUAGCUGACCGGAGAGCAACGAACGGAGGCCAGCCAGCACAGAACCAGCAAUGGAGCCGCACCAGGAUUCGCCCGUGUACGCCAACUACGAGGAUAUGCGCAACUCCGGCCCGACCAGCUCCACGGCCUACAUGGUCAACAUGGGCUCCGCCGGCUUGGCGCCCGAGCCGGCUCUUCGAGUGCCCGGCACCACUCAGCAGUACCGUGGAUUCAAAACUUCGGAGAACGAGCCCAAGGGCUGCAUGGAGUGGGUGGUCACCCUGUUCUCCGUGCUGAUCUUCAUCAUCACAUCGCCCAUCGCCAUCUUCAUAUGCUUCAAGGUGGUGGCGGAGUACGAGCGGGCGAUCAUCUUCCGGCUGGGCAGACUGAGCGGCGGAGCUCGUGGUCCCGGCAUGUUCUUCAUCCUGCCGUGCAUCGAUGAGUACCGCAAGGUGGACCUGCGCACGGUUACCUUCAAUGUGCCGCAGAAGGAGAUGCUGACGAAGGAUUCCGUGACGGUCACCGUGGACGCGGUGGUCUACUAUCAUCCCCUUUACGCGGUCAUCCAGGUCGAGGACUACAGCAUGUCCGCCACAGCGCUCAAGGAGGCCUCCGACGUCAUCUCCGCCAGUCCAUCGGCCUUGCAGCUGCGCUACUUGCAAACCCUGAGCAGUAUCUCCGCCGAGAAGAACUCCACCAUCAUCUUCCCUCUGCCCAUGGAGCUGCUGACUCCGUACCUGGCCAAGUACGCCCACUUGAUGGGACCGCCACCAGAACUUAAGCAAUCGCCGGAGAAGUCCGAUAACUUAGUUUUAGACGCACAUGCCGCUUGGCCAAAGACCAACCUAUGAUUUGAAUCUAAGGACUGCCAGAGUUUGAAAAUAUAAUGUCUUAUUGCUUUUUAAUAAACGUAAUCCACACGAGUUGGCAGCACCUGCUAUAGGAAA